GGGUACGCGCCGGAGGUGAGUCAGAGAGUCCGGAGAGCUGAGAGAGAGAAGAGAUCAUAGAGAACAGAGACAUUGCAAUAUGACACUGGAGGAACUGAGCGGGGAGCAGAGCCGGGGAAAGAUGGACAGUGUGGGCACCGCGUUGGAGGAGGUGCUGAACAAAGCCAAAGUGCAGAGAACCAUCACCAUCGGGGUGUACGAAGCGGCCAAACUGCUGAAUGUGGACCCGGACAACGUGGUGCUUUGUCUUCUGGCCACGGAUGAAACAGAAGACCAGGAUGUGGCUCUACAAAUCCACUUCACUCUGAUCCAGGCGUUCUGCUGCGAGAAUGACAUCAACAUCCUGAGAGUGAGCAACAUGAGCCGGCUGGCCGAGAUCCUGGGCGGCUCUGACAAGCCGGGAGAACCUGCCGACCUGCAUUGUAUUCUAAUCAACAACCCGCACGCUUCCCAGCUGAAGGAUCCCGCCAUCAACAAAGUGAGCAACUUCUGCAAAGAGAGCCGCUACCUGGAUCAGUGGGUUCCCGUGAUCAACCUGCCCGAGCGAUGACCCCCGUUCCGAUCGCCACAAAGGACACUUUCGGGUUUAAAAUUUUAAAAGAAAUAAAAAAGCAGCAAAGGGUUUUGCGGACGCGCAGGGGGUCCGUUCUUUGUGGUGGACGCUUCCACAGGAUUUACAGAAAAAAAAUUGUACAGAAAAAAAAAAUGUAAAAACUAACAAAGUGGACGUGACUGGUUUGGCUGCCUUGUGCUGUGCGGGAGGAAAGGCGCGCGUCUUGGGACACGGAGCCGGGAAUGACGGAGAGAAAGAGAGAGAAAGAAGAAACUGCUGUGGAACUUUCAGCUGUUCGCAAUUUAUUUUUUUGGUGCCUUUGUGACUUUCAGGUGGGUCGGCACGCAUAUCGAAAAACGAACAUCAGACUCUAGAUCUAGUCUGGGGAGAAAAAAAAAAAAAGCUUAUUUUUAAACAUUUUAUAGUAUUAAAAAAA